AUGAGGGAUGGAUCUACUCAUAUUGGACAUGUGCAAGAAUACCCCUAUUGGAUGGUGCCCGUAUUUCUCAGGAAUCAUGAGCAACCUUUUCUGAUGAAUAAAGUUGUUGCUAAUAGCCAUCGAUAUGGAACUAUGGAGCAUCCAGAAAAAGGCGAUGAUCCGGAUGAUUAUGCAGCUGGAAUAACGGGAUUUCCCCAGAUGGAGGAAGACACCAUUCUCGUAACAAUGAGAGAUGGAUCUACUUAUCAGGGAACUAUCGAAAAUUCGAGGCCACCAAUCCCAAGCCUACAGACCCCAAGCUUACAUGCGCUUAGCCGCAAGCUCAUAAACCUCAAACUCACAAACCCCAAGCACAAACACACCAAAACCACAUAUCCCGAACCGAUAAUCCCAAAACCCACAUACCCGAAAUCUACAUACCCCGAAUCCUUACACCCUAAGCCCACCAGCCUCAAGCCCUGCAAGAAUCCCAAAUCUACACACUCCGAACCCUUAUACCCUAAACCCACCAACCUCAUGUUCUGCACAAACCCGGCACCCAGGCACCUCAAACCCUUACACCCUAAAUCCACCAACCUCAAGCUUUGCAUAAACCCUAAAUUCGUUCACCCUAAACCCGUACACCCCAAACCCGCAAACCCUAAGCCCACACACCCCAAAUCUACACACCCCGAACCCGUACAUCUUCAGCCCACAAUCUGCAAAACCCGCAAAUCUAAACACCCCGAACACUUACACCUCAAACCUACCAACUUCAAGCCCUGA